UCGGUACAGCUCGUGGACACGUGUCUCGUGCGUUUUUGCUGCGUGUCCUUGCUCUAUUAUUAUAUUAUUAUUAUAUAUUAUUAUACUAUUACACCAGUAGCAGCGUCUAUCGGCCGAGUUGGGGGGCGAGUAUGAUAAAAACAGAGCGCUCUUGUGUUUUUUGCAGCAGCCGGAGCGGCUGUCGGCCAAAGCGCGCAGCAGCUGGAGGAAGAGGAUGCUGCUGCUGCCGCGGAGACUGUGGACAGUUGUGAUAUUAAUAGGAAGGCUUGAGUGUCUCAGUCUUUCACUGUAGCGACCGCGGGGCUUGGUGGAGAGUCGGUGGAUUUAGGGGGUUUGUGGGGCUUCUGAACCAGACUGCGCAGUUGGAAAUAAAAAGCAUUACAACAGGGAUUCACCUAUCAGACGACCGACAUGGAAGACGUCCUGGGACUUCUCAAUGUGGGCGAUAUUGCCAAUGCUUUCUCCAAAAUGGGAAUGUUCCCUGUGUUUGAUCUCGCUUAUUACAUAGUGUCCAUCCUCUACCUCAAAUAUGAGCCAGGUUCAGUGGAGGUCUCUCGGCGGAGUCCCGUGGCCUCAUGGCUCUGCGCCAUGCUCUACUGCUUUGGUAGUUACAUCCUGGCAGACAUCAUGCUUGGAAGCAGCCCCCUCGACUAUUUCCAACACAACAGCCACAUCCUGCUGGCCUCAGCCGUCUGGUACCUCAUCUUUUACUGCCCGCUGAACCUCUUCUAUAAAUGUGUGGCUUUCCUGCCGGUCAAGCUGGUGCUGGUUGCCCUGAAGGAAGUCGUCCGCGCUCGUAAGAUCGCUGCAGGGGUUCACCACGCUCACCACGCCUAUCACCACGGAUAUUUCGUCAUGGUGAUUGUUGGAUACGUGAAGGGGUCUGGAGUGGCUCUCAUGUCCAAUUUUGAGCAGUUGCUGCGCGGUACAUGGAGGCCUGAGACAAAUGAGAUCCUCAACAUGUCAUUCCCGACCAAAGCCAGCUUGUACGGAGCGAUGCUCUUCACCCUCCAGGAGGCUCACUGGCUGCCCGUGUCCAAGACCACCCUCAUCCUCCUCUUCACCCUCUUCAUGGCCACCAGCAAGGUGGUGAUGACCGCCCGGCACUCUCACGGCUCCCCCUUUGCCCUCAUUGAGUCUUGGAUUUGCCACGUGCUGUUCGGGUCUCCUCUGGGUGGGGGUGAGGAGGACCAUCAUCCCCCUCCCGCUGCUGUCCCAUCUUCUCCUCUGAAAACCAAGGAGGAACUGAGUGAAGGAGCUCGAAAGAGGAGGGCCAAGAAAGCGGAGUAGGAAGCCAGGCUGCACUGAUGAAACUGCAUCUGACUCGCCCUCGUGCCGUACGCGUGAUGGGACUUCACAUUCUUUUCUAAGGAAAGGGGCAGUUUGAUCUUUCGCCAAAUGAGGCCCUUUCUAUUGGAGCAACAUGGUGCUUUCUGCAUUUGACAUAGCUUGAGGACUCUGUAAAUACCAAGGCAAAUGAUUCACUCUUCAACCCAACCUGGACAUUUUUAACCUAUCUAUUCACGUCUGUGAACAUCUGCAUCUGCGCUCAACGCUGUGUGGUGAUCCACGUUCGGGUUGGCUCACGACGGCCUCCUCUCCACAUCAGUAGUUGUGUUGUCAGGUGUAAGUGGGUUUUUUUUGGUCAUAAAAACAUUAUUUGAGUUCAGUAAAAAAAACACAGGAAAGGUACACCAAUCUGCCAAUCAGAUCUUCAAAUGUCAUUAAAGCAUUAAGUGCAAGUACAUUACUGCUUUUUACAUUAAAAUGAAAACAACUUCCUAUCUUAAAAUAAAAUUUUAAGAAACAUUGUA